AUGGGCCUUAUCGUUCUGAACAAGUACCUUGCCAAGAGCUUGCAACAGUUUGCUGAGCAGUGUGAACGCGAGGAAGCAGCCAUAGAACUCGCUCAAUCACAAGCCGACGCUAUGGAAGAGGGCGAAGAAAAACAGCGUGCGGUGGUGCAGCUCGCGGUGAAGUUGGGGACCAGGUUUUUCGAGUCGUUGGUGGAGGCUGCAAGACAUGACGGCUUACAGGAGUUGGUCGAGACGGUUGAGGAGAUUGUGCAGAAUCAUGUGCCAAAUGAGGCCGAUGCUGCUCACUUGUAG